ACUCUUUUCCCACCCUAUAAGAAGUGGGUCGAGGGCGAGUUGAAGGGGGCAGGUGAGGUUAGAAUGGGUUUAAGCAAAGAGAUGGGUUUGUUUGUGGGGUUUGUUUGCUACUUGGUUUUGGGCAUUACUGGUGCGUAUGCAGCCGGCGACCUGGGUUAUCACACUUUCGUAGUUCAAUCGACUCCUUACACAAGAUUGUGCAGCACAAAGAACAUACUCACUAUCAAUGGGCAGUACCCGGGGCCAGCUCUCCAUGUCCACACAGGAGGAACUCUCAUAGUCAAUGUUAUUAACAACUCCACAACCAAUAUUACUCUUCACUGGCAUGGAUUGAAGCAGCCAAGGAAUCCAUGGUCCGACGGUCCUGAGUACGUAACACAGUGCCCAAUCAGACCAGGACAGAAUUUCUCUUAUAGGCUUAUAUUCUCUGAUGAGGAAGGGACCAUUUGGUGGCAUGCGCAUAGUGAUUGGAGUAGGGGCACGGUUCAUGGUCCCAUCUUUGUGUACCCGAAGAAUGGGACUGGCUACCCUUUCCCCAAGCCGGCUGGAGAGAUACCCAUCAUAUUAGGAGAAUGGUGGAAGAAUGAUGUCAUGGAGGUUAUGGAGACAAUGCUUGAAUCGGGAGACGAACCUGAGAUUUCAAAUGCCUACACUAUUAAUGGGCAGCCUGGAGAUCUUUACAAUUGCUCCCAACCUGGGACAUUUAGGACGACGGUCGAGCAAGGAAAGACUUACCUCGUGCGACUUAUCAAUUCGGCCAUGAACACAGAGCUAUUCUAUGCAGUCGCGAACCACACACUCACAGUUGUAGGAAUGGAUGGGAGCUACCUCAAGCCAUUCAAUACAACCUACGUCAUGAUAACCCCUGGCCAAACAAUGGAUAUUCUUCUCAAAGCAGACCAACCCAAAAACUUUUAUUACAUGGCUGCAAGGGCAUAUGCUAGUGGUGUAGGAGUCUCAUUUGGUAACACCACAACCAGUGGAAUUUUGCAGUACAAGGGUUAUGAAAACCCUAAAAACAGUUCCUCAAUGCCAGUCAUCCCAUUCUUCCCAUUUUUCAAUGACACCAAGUCAGCUAUGAGCUUCAGCAAAAAGCCUAGAAGCUUAGCCUCUAAAGAACACCCAGUUAGUGUGCCACAAACCGUGAAUGAUGAUAUGCUGAUCACCGUGUCUGUUAACAUAGCUCCAUGUGCUAACAGCUCAUGUUCGGGGCCUAAUGGUAAUAGGUUAUCUGCAAGUUUGAAUAAUAUCUCCUUCGAGAACCCCUCCAUUGAUGUGCUCCAAGCCUACUAUGCGAGAAUUAACGGAAUUUACGGCAUCGAUUUUCCUUCUAAGCCAUCCCCUGUUUUCAAUUUCACUGGAAAUGUUUCUGAUGUGGGCAAUGCACCUUUUAAUGCCACUAAGGUCAGGUUUUUAGAGUGGAAUUCGAAUGUUCAGAUAGUUUUUCAAGGGACCAGUUUAGUUGCAGCAGAGAAUCAUCCAAUGCAUCUCCAUGGCUAUAGCUUCUAUGUGGUGGGGCAAGGUUUGGGGAAUUAUAAUAACGAGACUGAUCCUAAGACCUUUAAUUUGAAAGAUCCACCUCAUCUUAAUACUGUGGGUCUUCCUCUUAAUGGAUGGGUAGCCAUUCGAUUCAAAGCCGAUAACCCUGGUGUGUGGUUUAUGCAUUGUCAUUUGGAGCGCCAUUCAUCAUGGGGAAUGAGCACUGUGUUUAUUACUAAAAAUGGGAAGAAUGUAGGUGAAAGAAUGUUGCGUCCUCCGGCUAACUUGAUUCAAUGCUGAGAAGUAAGAGGCCAUGAGUCCCAAGAGGAACCCGUAUUUAUAAAUAAACAGAGUGUUUGAAAGGAGUGAGAAUAUUUGAGUUUUCUCUAUGUAUAAAUGAAUUUGAUGUAUGCAUCCGCUGUAGGAAUAAAUGUGAAUUGGUAAACUGCGUUUCCAUGAAUUAUUUAUCGCCUACUCUAA